UUGCCCUCCCCCUCUUCUUCCCGGCAGUCCUAGCGCCCGCCCUGUCGCUCCUCAAGAUGGCGGCCGACAGUGAGCCCGAGUCUGAGGUAUUUGAGAUCACAGACUUUACCACUGCCUCCGAAUGGGAAAGGUUUAUUUCCAAAGUAGAAGAAGUCUUGAAUGACUGGAAACUGAUUGGAAACUCUUUGGGAAAGCCACUUGAAAAGGGUAUAUUUACAUCUGGCACAUGGGAAGAGAAAUCAGAUGAAGUUUCCUUUGCUGACUUCAAGUUCUCAAUUACUCAUCAUUAUCUUGUACAAGAAUCCAUUGAUAAAGAAGGAAAGGAUGAAUUAUUAGAAGAUGUUAUUCCACAAUCUAUGCAAGAUUUGCUGUGUAUGAAUAAUGACUUUCCUCCAAGAGCACAUUGCCUGGUAAGAUGGUACGGAUUGCGAGAAUUCGUGGUGAUCGCCCCUGCUGCAAACAGUGAUGCGGUUCUCAGUGAAUCUAAGUGCAAUCUUCUUCUGAGUUCUGUGUCUAUUGCUUUGGGAAACACUGGCUGCCAAGUGCCACUCUUCGUGCAAAUUCAUCACAAAUGGCGAAGAAUGUAUGUGGGAGAAUGUCAGGGUCCUGGUGUCCGAACUGAUUUUGAAAUGGUUCAUCUUCGAAAAGUGCCAAAUCAGUACACUCAUUUAUCAGGUCUGCUGGAUAUCUUCAAAUCAAAGAUUGGAUGUCCUUUAACUCCAUUGCCUCCAGUUAGUAUUGCUAUUCGAUUUACCUAUGUACUUCAGGAUUGGCAGCAGUACUUUUGGCCUCAGCAACCGCCAGAUAUAGAUGCCCUUGUAGGAGGAGAAGUUGGAGGCCUGGAGUUUGGCAAGUUACCAUUUGGUGCCUGUGAAGAUCCUAUUAGUGAACUCCAUUUAGCAACUACAUGGCCUCACCUGACUGAAGGUAUCAUUGUGGAUAAUGAUGUUUAUUCUGAUUUGGAUCCUAUUCAGGCUCCUCAUUGGUCUGUUAGAGUUCGAAAAGCCAAUAAUCCUCAGUGUUUGCUAGGUGAUUUUGUUACUGAAUUUUUUAAAAUCUGCCGUCGAAAGGAGUCAACCGAUGAGAUUCUUGGACGAUCCACAUUUGAAGAAGAAGGGAGAGAAAUUGCUGAUAUAACUCAUGCUUUGUCAAAGUUGACAGAACCAGCACCGGUCCCAAUUCAUAAAUUAUCAGUUUCAAAUAUGGUACAUACUGCAAAGAAGAAAAUACGAAAACACAGAGGCGUAGAAGAGUCACCACUGAAUAAUGAAGUCCUCAAUACUAUACUCUUGUUCUUAUUCCCUGAUGCUGCUUCUGAAAAACCAUUAGAUGGAACUUCUUCGACAGACAACAAUAAUCCUCCAUCAGAGAGUGAAGAAUAUAAUCUCUACAAUCAGUUCAAAUCUGCACCAUCUGACAGUUUAACAUACAAAUUGGCUUUGUGUCUUUGUAUGAUCAAUUUCUACCAUGGAGGAUUGAAGGGAGUGGCACACCUCUGGCAGGAAUUUGUUCUUGAAAUGCGUUUCAGAUGGGAAAACAACUUUCUGAUUCCAGGAUUAGCAAGUGGACCCCCAGACCUAAGAUGCUGUUUACUACAUCAGAAACUACAGAUGUUAAAUUGUUGUAUCGAAAGAAAGAAGGCACGUGAUGAGGGGAGAAAGACAAGUUCUUCAGAUAACGUGACUAAUACAUAUUCAUGGGAUGCUGGAAAAGCUGGAGAUCAGCUGGGGCCAGAUAAAUUAAAAGAUACGGAUAAGGAAAAGGGAGAAGUAGGAAAAUCUUGGGAUUCUUGGAGUGAUAGUGAAGAAGAAUUUUUUGAAUGUCUGAGUGAUACCGAAGAACUUAAAGCAAAUGGACAAGAGAGUGGCAAGAAAGGAGGACUUAAGGAAAUGGCAAAUUUAAAGCCAGAAGGACGACUUCAUCAGCAUGGAAAACUUAAACUACUGCAUAAUGGAGAACCUCUCUACAUUCCAGUAACCCAGGAACCAGCACCUAUGACAGAAGAUCUGCUAGAAGAGCAGUCAGAGGUUCUAGCUAAAUUAGGUACCUCAGCAGAAGGGGCUCACCUCAGAGCACGCAUGCAGAGUGCCUGUCUACUCUCAGAUAUGGAGUCUUUUAAGGCAGCUAAUCCAGGCUGUUUUCUGGAAGACUUUGUGCGGUGGUAUUCACCUCGGGAUUAUAUUGAAGAGGAAGUGAUUGAUGAAAAGGGCAACGUGGUUCUGAAGGGAGAACUGAGUGCCCGAAUGAAGAUUCCAAGCAACAUGUGGGUAGAAGCCUGGGAAACAGCCAAGCCAAUUCCUGCACGAAGGCAAAGGAGACUCUUUGAUGAUACCCGGGAAGCAGAAAAGGUGCUGCACUAUCUGGCAAUACAGAAACCUGCAGACCUUGCUCGGCACCUGUUACCUUGUGUAAUUCAUGCAGCCUUACUCAAGGUAAAAGAAGAAGAAAAUCUGGAGAACAUUUCUUCAGUUAAGAAGAUUAUAAAGCAAAUAAUAUCUCAUUCCAGUAAAGUUUUGCACUUCCCCAAUCCAGAAGACAAGAAAUUGGAAGAAAUCAUUCAUCAAAUUACUAAUGUGGAAGCUAUAAUUGCUAGAGCCCGCUCACUGAAAGCCAAAUUUGGAACUGAGAAAUGUGAACAGGAGGAGGAAAAGGAAGAUCUUGAAAGGUUUGUGAGUUGCCUUUUAGAGCAGCCUGAAGUGUUAGUCAUCGGUGCAGGAAGAGGACAUGCUGGCAGAAUUAUUCACAAGCUGUUUGUGAAUGCACAGAGGGCUGCAGCCAUGGCUCCACCGGAGGAGGAACUGAAGAGAAUGGGCUCCCCAGAAGAGAGACGGCAGAACUCGGUGUCAGACUUCCCAGCCCCUGCUGGCCGGGAACUCAUUUUGCGCACCGCGGUGCCCCGCCCCGCCCCGUACUCCCGAGCGCUGCCUCAGCGCAUGUACAGUGUUCUCACCAAAGAGGAUUUCAGACUGGCCGGUGCCUUUUCAUCAGAUACCUCCUUCUUCUAAUUCUUCUAGAGUUACCUCACUUGUGGCGUCAGAGACAAUGUUGACCCCUUCAGUGGGAGGGAGGUUGAGCCAGUCAGAGCCCUAGAGGCCAUGAGCAGGGCCUGUCCAGUUGAAUGAUCAAGCAUCAUACCAGCAUCCGAAAGAUGUGACGCCAAGCUUGAGCUGUGUUGUGUCUUGGUGGGAGCAGAGGGAAUGGGCUUGAGCUACUGAAAGAUUUCUUUCCCAAAUCUUUUGGGGGGUGGGGUUGGGGAUCAAAACAUAGCAGGAGCUCUCUGUACUCACUCUGGCAAGAUUGUGCUCACUUAUUCUUUUCUGUGACUAUCCCUUAGGCUAUUGCCUUGCAUUCAUAGUGUGUAAACGCUCCUUAUAUUUAUUAGUAUCAAGUAUCCAGAAUAGAGUAUCUGUUAACUCAGAUUUCUGGAUAUUUUGGUGGUAGCUCCUAUUCCCAGAAUCUGUGUUUUUAAAAUACUAAAUGACAUUCUGUUUAUUCAGUCACCUGAUGGCCAUCUUUAUUGUACUUUCUAUGAGCAUUUCGAAUAUUCUAGGAGAAAGCCUAGAAUUUCACAGUUUAUGUGUUUUUCCAUGUAACUGUGACCUAAAUGUAUUCCUUCUGAUAAAACUAUAUAUUAAAUGUUGCUGCAAAUUAGUUUGAUAUCUAUCUUGUAAGAUUUGUUUCUCUUACUUGUUUUAGGUGCCAUGUAAGUUAGAUAUCAACCUGCAAAUUGUCGUGCUCUUAUUUUUGUUGUACAGCAUGCAUUCUUUUUUCUGUGGUUGCUGUCUUGGUACUGUAUUUAAUGAAUUAGAGAUCAACACAUGCUAAAAAGAUAGCCUUGGUUCAUAGAGAUUAUCAUGCAGUUAGUAUAAUUUGGUAUAUAUGCUAACAUAAUGAAUAGAAAAUUAUUUUAGUGAACUAUUUUACUUUUGUAUUUUAGUUAAAAUGAAAAUAAUUGAUUGGGAUGUGUUGUAGUACCGAGCAUUAGGAUAACAGCUACAUAUUUCUAGUUACCUGUUGAUCAGAACUUAUUAAAUCUGUUAUACGGCUUCUGUUCAAUAAUCUUAAAUCUAUUUUUAAGCCUAAAAUUCCCACUUUAAUCCAAAGUAAAAAAUAGUAUACUGAGCAUAGACCUUGCUGUGAAACUUCAAAGAAUUAGUAGAGCUGUGUAAACCUGUUAUAUUAUUUUUAUAUAAAAAAGUGUGUAUGUGUACACAUAAAGGUAUAUAUAUGCACACGUGUGUGCGUGUGUAUGUGUACGAGAAGGAGGGGAGGCCCUGGUUGAUUACCUCCUGGCCUUCAUGGUGUUUUUCUCCGAAAUGAUGGACUUGAUUGCUGGUGCACUACACAGUGCAGGCCUGAGCACUGAGUGAUGUACCAAGUAGAAAACAUUUUCAGGGACAGAGUUUGUCUGCUUUAUAAUGAGGAAGUUAAAAACAAAGAAACAUUUUACAAAGAGAGGUUGGACUUUAAAAAGACAUGAAUCUAAUAAAAAGGAAAGUGUUGCUUUC